UCGAGUGCCGCGCUGGUAACAGGCGGGCCCCGGCGAGGCGGCCAGGCUCAGCCACGCGACACGACGCGAGUCUACAGUCAGUCGUGGACAACACUGCGAGGCAUACAGAGCGUCGAGCCCCGCACACCAACACAGUCAAAAUGGCAAUUCCCCUCCGAAGCGUGCUCAUCAGUGACGAGGUGGACCCACUGUGCGUGGAUCUGCUCAAGAAGAAUGGCAUCCCUGUCACCUGCAAGUACGGCAUGUCCAAGGAUGAGCUCCUCAAGGAGAUCCCGAAGCACGAUGGGCUGGUCAUCAGGUCCAGCACCACCGUGUCGGCCGAGGUGAUCGCCGCCGCCACCAACCUGCGCGUCGUGGGCAGGGCGGGCACUGGCGUGGACAACGUGGACCUGGAGGCCGCCACUGCCAAGGGCAUCAUCGUCCUCAACACACCGGGAGGCAACUCCAUCAGCGCCUGCGAGCUCACCUGCGCCCUCAUCGCUGACCUCGCCAGGAACGUGAGCGUGGCCUGCCAGUCGCUCAAGGCCGGCCGCUGGGACCGCAAGCUGUACUCCGGCUCGGAGCUGCAGGGCAAGACCCUGGCCGUGCUGGGGCUGGGCCGCAUCGGCAGGGAGGUGGCCACUCGCAUGCAAGCCUACGGCAUGAAGAUUAUUUCUACACAGACCGUCGGAUUCGACCCCAUCGUGUCCCGGGAAGAUGCGGCCGCCUUCAACGUGGAGAAGAUGGAGUUGGAGCAGAUUUGGCCCGUGGCGGACUACAUCACCGUGCACACGCCGCUCAUCCCUCAGACACGAAACAUGAUCAAUGACAAGGUGUUCACCAAGUGCAAGAAGGGCGUCAAGGUGGUGAACGUGGCCCGCGGCGGCAUCAUCUGCGAGGAGGGCCUGCUAAAGGCGCUGCAGGACGGCCGCUGCGGCGGCGCGGCGCUCGACGUGUUCGCGGAGGAGCCCCCCAAGGCCCCCGUGACGCGCGCGCUCAUCGAGCACCCCAAGGUGGUGGCCACGCCGCACCUGGGCGCCUCCACCAGCGAGGCCCAGAUGCGCGUCGCCGUGGAGGUGGCGGAGCAGUUCGUGGCGCUGGCCAACCCGUCGUCGCCGUACUCCGUGACGGGCGUGGUGAACGCCCCGGUGCUGGGCGCCGCCCUGGUGGCCGAGAACGGCCCCUGGAUCGCGCUGGCGCAGCGCCUCGGCGUCCUGGCCGCGCGGCUGCUCGCCGGCAAGACCGCCGGCGCCCAGGUCGCCGUGCAGACCGCCGGCGCCGCCCUCAGCAAGAAGGCCUUCCUCGCCACCCCCGUGGCGGCCGGCAUCGUCGCCAAGCCCGGCGUCAACCUGGUGAACGCGCCCUCCAUCGCCAAGCAGGCCGGCCUCGUCCUCGCCGCCUCCCACGACGAGCGGCCCACCGAGCCCGCCUGCCUGCGCGUCACCGUGCAGGGCCACGUGCUCACCGGUACCGUCGGUGCUGCCGGUGCCAGUGUGCUCCUCGCCGUCGACGACGCCACCUUCGGCGCCGCGGGCGUCGCGCUGGACGGCAACCUCGUCCUGGUGCACUCCAAGGACGCCGCCACCAUCGUGAGCUCCGUCGCAGCCGCCACCAAUGGCAUCCUCGGGGUGGCCGUCGCCGUGGGAACCUCUGGCGCGUGGACGUUGGUGAAGACCGCCCAACCCGUCACCUUCACCGUGCCCGGGGCCAACGUCUUCUAGGCAUCCUCCACUCCACUGGAAGAUGAAUUUCAGGGGAGAAGAUGAAGUGAAUCUUGUCCCGUGCCAUGCCGCGUUUGUGCUUGCAGGGCCAAGGCGGCGUUUCAGUAUUUUGGAAACAACUUUUAUACUACUUUAUCCUGCGUGAUACAAGACUGUGACAAGGAGAAUUUUGUAUACUACCCUUAAUUAAUGAAUUGAAUUUUUUUGUUAUUUUG